CCGCCGGCCUGACACGCUGUGGGCAGCGAGGACCUUCUCAUUCGGAGCUGGACCGAGGUGGAGUGGACCCGCCUGGCCUGUAGCUGAGAACAGAAGCACUGCGUUGGAGCCCGGUCCUCAGGGACUGAACCGGGACGAGAGGUUGAUGAGGUCCUGGUAGACAUGGGACGUCUGCGGACCGGAGAGAUAUCGUCUACGCUUUUCUGAGACAACUAACUAUUUCUGGAGCGAGAUCUGGUUCUGGGAGAUGAUCGCAGCUGGCAGGAUCGGCCCGGGGAACUCUGCGUAGAUCUGAAGGAGGCCUGUUGCCAAGGGGACCGCCGCCAUGGCCGACUGGAACCUGCUGGGCAAGCUGCUGGAGAGCGCCCAGACGCACUCCACCGUGGUGGGCAAGGUGUGGCUCACCGUGCUCUUCAUCUUCCGCAUCCUGGUUUUGGGCGCGGCCGCCGAGAAGGUUUGGGGCGACGAGUCGUCGGGCUUCACCUGCGACACCAAGCAGCCCGGCUGUGAGAACGUCUGCUACGACCGCACCUUCCCCAUAUCCCACAUCCGCUUCUGGGUGCUGCAGAUCAUCUUCGUGUCCACGCCCACGCUCAUCUACCUGGGCCACAUCCUGCACCUGGUGCGCAUGGAGGAGAAGCAGCAGCAGAAGGAGAAGGACCGCGAGGAGGAGCACGCGCUGCACAGCGAGAAGCAGGAGCUGCUGGCGGCCGAAGGAGGAGGUGGAGGCAAGGCCAAGAAGGCGCCGGUGAAGGACGGCCAGGGCCGGGUGCGUCUGCACGGGGUGCUGCUGCGGACGUACGUCUUCAACGUCAUCUUCAAGACGCUGUUCGAGGUGGGCUUCAUCGUGGCGCAGUACCUGCUGUACGGCUUCCAGCUGAAGGCCAUGUACACCUGCGACCGCUGGCCCUGCCCCAACACGGUCAACUGCUACAUCUCCCGGCCCACCGAGAAGACCAUCUUCAUCCUGUUCAUGCUGGUGGUGGCCUGCGUGUCGCUGCUGCUCAACCUGGUGGAGAUCUACCACCUGGGCUUCACCAAGUGCCACCAGGGCCUCCGCUUCCGCCGCUCGCGCCAGAGGAAGGCCGAGCUGACCCGGAUGCCCAGCGAGGCGCCGGCCGUGAUGCACUUUGUCCCCAACUACAACUACUACACCGCGCACGCGGCGCGCGGGCGGGGCGGCGGCGGCGGCGGCGGCGGGGAGGCCUUCCACGGCGACUCCAGCUACGGCCUGGCCGAGCCCGGCGCCGCCGCCUACAGCAACCCCUACAGCAGCAAGGCCGUGUCCAAGCAGAACCGCGACAACCUGGCAGUGGAGCGGCGGGCGGAGAGCGACGACGCCGGCAGCGGCGGCGGCGGCGGCGGGUCCUUCGAGAGACCGGCGGAGAACAAGCGACGCAACAGCCAGACGAGCAAACACAGCAACACUAAGACGCGCGGCGACGAUCUGAAGAUCUAG